AUGGCUGAUCAGUUCCCUUCAACUAAUUGUUUAACCUCCACCAUUUUCCUCAUCUUUUGCCUCACAAUCCUCUUCCAAUCCGCCCUGAUCAUUGCCUCCUCUCGUACACUACUACUACAACAACAACAACAACAACAAAAUCCUCCUCCUCCUCAUUUGGUCGUCCAACAACUACAAAGCAAGUUGAACGAGUCUAGGCGCAACCUCGGAUUCCUUUCCUGCAACACCGGCAACCCCAUCGACGACUGUUGGCGCUGCGAUUCCAACUGGGAACACAACCGCCAGAAACUCGCCGACUGCGCCAUCGGCUUCGGUAAAAACGCCAUCGGCGGCCGCGACGGCCGCAUCUACGUCGUCACCGACUCCGAAAACGACGACCCCGUCACCCCCAAACCCGGCACCCUCCGCCACGCUGUCAUCCAAGACGAGCCACUCUGGAUCAUAUUCGCCCGCGACAUGACCAUCAAACUCAAGGAGGAGCUCAUCAUCAACUCCUUCAAAACCAUCGACGGCAGGGGAGCCAGCGUCCACAUCGCCAACGGGCCCUGCAUCACCGCCCAAUUUGUCACCAACAUAAUCAUCCACGGUAUACACAUACACGACUGCAAGCCCGGGGGGAAUGCUAUGGUGCGGGACUCCCCAGGGCAUUACGGGUGGAGGACCAUAUCGGAUGGUGAUGGCAUGUCCAUCUUCGGAAGUAGCCACGUGUGGGUGGACCACUGCUCCUUGUCCAACUGUGCCGACGGUCUGAUCGACGCCAUUCAUGGAUCGACGGCUAUCACGAUUUCGAAUAAUUAUAUGACCCAUCAUGAUAAAGUCAUGCUUUUGGGGCAUAGUGAUUCCUACACUCAGGACAAGGGCAUGCAGGUUACUAUUGCUUUUAAUCAUUUUGGAGAGGGCCUUGUGCAAAGGAUGCCCAGGUGUAGGCAUGGGUAUUUCCAUGUGGUGAACAAUGACUACACACAUUGGGAGAUGUAUGCUAUUGGUGGGAGUGCGGACCCCACAAUCAAUAGCCAGGGCAAUCGAUUUCUUGCACCAGCUGAUGACAACAGCAAGGAGGUGACCAAACACGAGGAUGCAGCUGAGAGUGAAUGGAAAAAUUGGAACUGGAGAUCGGAAGGGGACCUAAUGCUAAACGGCGCAUUUUUUACGGCUUCUGGGGCAGCCGGCUCGUCUUCAAGUUAUGCAAAGGCAUCGAGCUUAGGAGCCAAGCCAUCUUCUUUAGUCGGCUCAUUAACUUCUACUGCUGGUGCCCUAAAUUGCCGCAAGGGAUCCAAGUGCUAG